AGGAGGAGGGACAUUACUGGAUCACAUCACAUAGCUUGGGUUUGUAGCAUCCUUGUAGCUCCUCAAGUCUUGUCUUUGAAUAAAAUGCUAUGAAAGAAAACCAGAAAACAGCUGAGAAGGAAGAAACGAGACGUGAUUUUGUAUGGAGUGAGAAAAUGUGGUGAAUGCAGGGGCCUAGAGGGGAAAACCUUUCAAUUUACAGCCUCUCAGCUGCUCUGUUCUAGCCGAGGAACGAAGGAGGAGGAGUGAAAGGAGAAAUUGCCUCUCCUUUUUUCCAUCGGCUGCCUGGAAAACAUUGGAAGGACAUCAGCCGUGGCCACAUUUCUUCAUGAACAGGAUUCUUGCAGGAGUUCAGGAUCACCUGAGCAUCAUGGCAGAGGCCCGCUGGAGGACUGAAUCUCUCUAGGGUUUUCUUCAAAGCACACUUGGCUCACCCAGAAUCCUGCAAGAACCAUGUCUCUAACCACCACCAAACACGAUAGGUUCACUUCCACCCAAACCCUGAGCACGUUCCCAGCCCCUACACUCCCCCUCACCACCUUCAUUCCCGUUCUCACAAGUUCAGCACAGCCCAGAACUGAGCCGGAGAAUGUGACGUUCAGGACCACCUUCCGCUCCUCCACGACGACGUCCACCAACGAGACCGGCCUGAACUCCACGCAGCUGCCCGUGGCAUCGGUGGAGGGCGCCGGGAUGGGGAUGGUGCUCCUGCCCUUUGGCAUCAUCACAGUCAUUGGGCUGGCUGUUGUCAUGCUUCUGUACAUCAGGAAAAAGAAAAGGCUGGAAAAACUGAGACACCAGCUGAUGCCCAUGUAUAACUUUGAUCCAGCUGAAGAACAGGAUGAUCUAGAGCAGGAACUCUUGGACCACGGACGAGACGGAAGCCCAGCAGGACCAAACUCCAAAACACUGACCACAAGUCAGGGAACAACUCAAAAACCCAGUCGACUUGUUUUCACUGACGUGGCUGAUGCCAUUAAUGCAUGAUGCCACUCAACAUGCUGCACAGGAAAAAAGGGACACAGAAUUCUGGACAGCUGGACACUGGGAUUCAGGAAUAUUUGGUAUGAUAUAGUACGCUGUAAAACAUUUGGUUAACUGCUGCCAUUGUAGUUAAUAAUUUCUUAAAACAAAGUUACAACCUGCAGCGUUUAAGGAAUAGUUCACUCCAAAAUGAAAGUUUGCUGUAAAUUUACCCACCCCCAAGCCAUCCAAGAUGUUUCUUCAUGGGAACAGAUUUGGAGAAAUGUAGCAUUGCAUCACUUGCUCACUAAUGGAUCCUCUGAAGUGAAUGGGUGCCAUCAGAAUGAGAGUCCAAACAGCUGAUAAAAACAUCACAAUAAUCCACAAGUAAUCCACACCACUCCAGUACAAAAAUAAAUCCAUCAAAAAGACCAUCUCCUUUUGUCCUCUCACAUCAAAAUUCAACCACAUAUUUCUAUAGAACCAUUUUGGCUUGUAAACAGUGCUUGAACUGUGCAUAUUUCUCUCCUGAUUCAGACCAGAUUACAUUUUCACUUCAGAAAGCAAUAUUACGGAUAGACGAUUCAUAUUUGAACUUACUUCUGGAUUAUUUUAAUGUUCUGUCAGCUCUUUGGGCUUUCAUUCUCAUGGCACCCAUUCACUGCAGUGGAUCCAGAUAUCAUAAACUUUCUGACCACUUUAAAUUUGUGAUAAAGAACAUAAACUCAGAAUCUGCAAGUGACAGGACUUAUUGCAACAAAUAAACAGUGAUGAAAAUAUUUUUUACAGUGUACAGUGACAAAUAUUACAUUAUAAAAUUUAAGGACACUUAAUAAAAAAUCUGCAAAAAAAAAACAAAAAACUGCACUACUACAGAAGUCAACUGGAUCUGUCCAACGGUUUGAACACUCAUGCAAUAUGGACUUUAUUUUCAUCUCUAGCUGUAAAAAGCCUCAUUCGGGCAACAUGAGAAGAAGGAAUGGUUCAUAAAAUGUGGAUAAUGUGACAAUUUACAACACAAUAACUUUAGAUACAUUGAAUGAGACUCAUGGUGUUCCUUUUUCUUUUUUUGAAAAGACUGAUAAUCUUUUUUAAAUAGGGACUCCAAAUGCAACUUUUACCCCACCCCAACCUUUUUUGUUAGAAUUCUUUAAUAGUUUGGCUUAUUAUUUAUUCAUUGCUAAAAUUGUUAUGUAAACUGAUGAGUUCAAUAAAAGUUACAUUUGUUUAAUUUAAAUUAUGAUGAAGUAUGAGAAAUGACAUUAGUUAGCCAUUUCUGAUACAGUAUUAUAAAGAUCUUCCAUGUUUCUGUUCACUGAAACACAAGCGUUCUGUCACAGAGACUGUGAAUCUGCAUAAAUGAUGAAUGUUGACUGAUAACACAAGAUUUACAAUGAAAUUUUUGUGUGUGCGUAUGUGUAAGCAAAAUCUAAUAAUUCUAAGUGCACCACAAACCAGCUGUGGAUAAUUUUAAAGACGUUUUUAACUUUUAUGACAAUGAAGGACACAAUAAAAAUGAUAUUUACACUA